UAAGAGAUAAGGGCUACACCAAAAAAAAAAUUAAAUAAAUCUCCAACACUUCAUAGCCUUACGUUACUCUGAGCCGGCACUACUCUCAGCGUGGAAACGAAAUAAUGUACCAACCGUAUGACUAUGAUUACGAUAUUGUGGAUUACUACUAUGACAACAACAAUGAGGGCUAUAGCACCAGUGCCCCAUCAACGUACUUUUAUGAGGAGUAUCCAUCACCACCGCCGGAGCCUGCUCCCAUUAUCUUGGGUUACGAUGAAUAUCGUCAGCAGUUUAUAAAUGAACGCCAGGACAUUCAAAAGAAAACAUUUACAAAAUGGAUUAAUUCACAUUUGAUUAAGACAAAAUGCACGCCGGUCAAUGAUUUAUUUCUUGAUCUGAGAGACGGCCAUCGUCUGUUGGCGUUGUUGAGCGUUCUCACCAAUACACAACUGAAACCCGAAAAAGGCCGCAUGCGUGUUCAUCACAUCAACAAUCUGAAUAAGGUCCUGCAGGUUAUUCAGGAACAUGGAGUCAAAUUGGUGAACAUAUCCAGUGAUGACAUUGUCGAGGGUAAUCCUAAAUUAAUUUUGGGAUUGAUUUGGUUAAUUGCCCUGGAAUUUAAUGGGCAAAAUCUGGUGAAAAGUCAUUCGAGUAAUGGCGUGGAGAAGUCCCUGCUGAAUUGGGCUCGCCAAUUCACCGAACCCAAGGGUGUGAAACUCAAUGAUUUCUCCAACAGUUGGUCCGAUGGUCGUGCUUUCCUUUUGAUCCUCGAUGCCCAUUUGGAUAAUGUGGAUUUAUCGAGUGUCCUGACCCAACAUCCUUUGGCCCGGCUAAGGACAGCUUUCGAUUUGGCCUAUACUUAUUUUAAAAUUGAAAAACUAUUGGAUCCGGAAGAUGUACAUACCCAUAAGCCGGAUAAUAAGUCUAUACAAAUGUAUGUUAUGUGCCUGUAUCAUGCCAUGGAAACGCGUAGAACGCUUGAAGAGGAGGAGGAGCAGGAGAAUGAAGAAGGGGAGCAGGAGGUGGGAAAUUUGUGCCAACCCCGUCGCAGGGAAACAGAAACAGUAUUAUAUGAGGAGGAUAAUAAGACAGAGGAUUUAGGCUAUGGCCGAAGUGUAAAUAUAACCGAUUUAGAUGAAAUUCCCUUAGAUAAUAAGGAUCAGGACGAUGGCCUAGAGGAUGGAGAGGCUGGCCACUCGGAUGCCUCUUCUUCGAUGGCCAACAGUGCCACAGAUUCGGGUAUUAAAUCGAAAUAUAACAGUGAUACCUUUAAGUCGAUUAUGGAUUUGGAAAUGGAUCCACCGGCCAAGAGCCAAUUGGCCAAUUUCCUGUUGAAGGAUGACAAAUCCAGGCCCCAUAGCCUGGCCACAAAUGUGUCCAUAGAGAUCAGCACCUAUCAGGCAGCUCUGGAAGCUGUGCUAACACUGCUGCUCGAGGAUGAGCAAAUAUUGUCGGAAACCUUGCCAGAACCCCAUGAUUUUCUGACGGCCAAGGCCCAAUUUCAUGAAAAUGAACAGUUUAUGUUGAAAUUGACCGAACACCAGCAGUACGUGGGUGAGGCCUUGGAGGAGGGCUCCAAUCUCAUCAAUGAAUCCCAAAAAUCCCAAGGCCUAACGGUGGAGGAUCAAAAUGAAAUCAGGCAACAAAUGGUGCUGCUGAAUGAGAGAUGGGAAACUUUGCGUUUGAAGGCUUUGAAUGUCCAGAGCAAGAUCCUCAUGCGCCUGGCCGAGUUCCAAAGCCAACAAAUUGAGAAGCUAAAGAAUUUCCUUACCAACAUUGAGGAUAGAAUAUCCCUGAUGUCGGACAUUGGACCCACCUUGAAAGAGGUUGAGGUGCAGCUGAGAGAGGCCGCCGUACUUAAGGAUGAUCUAAAGCACCAACAGGAUUUGGUGGAUAGCCUUAGCAAUAUGGUGGUCAUUGUCAAUGAUGAGUCGGGGAAUUUCAACGACCUGGAAGAUAAGCUCUCAGCCCUGGGAGAACGUUGGUCCCAUGUAGUGAAAUGGUGCGAUUUGAGGCAAGAGAAAUUGCAGCAAUACAAAUGUAUAUCGCGAUGGUUGGAUACCCGUGAGCAGGACCUCAAGCACAUGGAGUCCAAGGAUGUCUGUGAUUUGGGUAGCAUUACGAAGCGUAUGAAUGAUUUGAACUACUGUGCCAAGGAUCUACUGGAACUGGAGCGUUACCUCAUUGAUUUGCGGCAAAUGGUGGCAGCGACCUUGCAGGAGGGUGAUGUACGUGGGGAACAGGUGCUGGUGCAAUUGGAGAACUUUGAAGAUCGCCUGGAUGCUUUGAAACAAAUUGUCGAGGUGCAAACGGAACGCAUCGAACAGAAGGGCUUCAAAUUUGGUCGAGAUCGGGCUUCCUAUGAUGAUUCGAAGGUUGUGAAGCCAGAUCAUUGGACUGACUUCCAGAUGAUUAUCCGUUUUGGUGAAGAUGAGGCCGAGGAAACGGAUGAUGGUGGGGUUCAGGACGCGCACAUGGUAGAGGGUUCCCCGCUAGCCUGUAAGAAAAGGCGUUUGCGGAAUACGGAUAACUUUAACCUUUUGGAGGGUAAGAUCCUGGAAGCCUUCGGAUUCAUCGAUGACUGUGAGGAGCAGAUGCAACAGCUGCAGAGGAGGAGCCUGCGCAAUCAGGCCGAAAUGCUGGAGAAAUUGGAAAAGGAGGUGAGUUCCCGCCUGGAAAAUUCCCGCGAGCUAAGGGAUCUCUAUGAGCUGUGCGAAAAGGAAGAUGUUAGCCGUAACAUGAUCAUGGAAGCCUCACAGAUCAAACAAAUUGAACAAAAAUACUACGAGUUGAGACAGGCCCUGGAGAGUCAAGGGCGUGCCUGUUCCAAGCUCAUGGAAAAGGAAAAGCUUUACAAUAGCCUCACGGGAUUCAAGCUGGUGCUUGCCGAUUCGCGGGAUUGGUAUAAACAGCAUUCCAACAGUGCCUCAAAGGGGGAUUUGCAGCAGCGUCUCAGCGACAUGGAAUCCCUGACCAUGGAGAUACAACAGGCCAAGGAGGCCACCACCUCCAUGGGUGAGGAUUUCCAGGAAUGGAAGGAGGAUUUCAAUAUAUUCUAUGACUCCUGGAAUGACAUGAAAAAGGCCAUAUUGACAUUGAUACGCGAAAAGGGUGGCAGCGAUGAGAUCCAGGGGAAACUGGAGGUCUUACAAAAUUUCCUCAAACGUGUGCCCCAGAUCCAGGUGAUUGUAGACUCAUUGGAGCCCAUGCAAAAACGUCUCACGGAACUCAAUCGUUUCCACGAGGAGUUGGAGACCCUUAAACCCGAUUUUGAUCUAAUCAAACAAAGGCGUCCCGACAGCCUCUCGUCCGAGUUCCAGGAGAAAUGGCUCAAGGCCGAGGAGCAAAUCUCGGAAAGGAUUAUUAAACAGACCACAGCUAUUGAGAAUCUAAAUCAUUUCACGGCAGAAUACAAUGCCAUAAUGGCUGUGCUCCGAAAACUGGAAAGUAAUCUCCGAGAGGGUGAGGCCGGGGACUCUAAACCCACAGCCGAGGCUGCGAGUUCCAUGAAGUUACGUAAAUUGGAAAUUGAUGUGAUCAGUGCCCGGAACUUCAGUGAAAUCAUCAUUAAGGAUGCCCAAGCCCAGCACCGAGAGCAUUUGACCUCUCAGAUCAAGGAGCUCAAUGAGUUCUUUUCCCGGAUCCAAAAUAUCUAUAAGGAGAAUCUGCAAAAGACCCUGGAUAUUCAGAAGCAAUCCGAGGAGAUUUUCGAACGUCUCAACCACACCGAACAGUGGCUCAAUGAGCUGUCCAAUAACACUCCCAAGACACCCAUCUCUCAGAUACUCAACUCCAAUGAGUUGUUCCAUUUGAAGUCGAAAUUUCAGGCUCUCAAAGAGACCUGUGAGCGGGAGGCUGUGAAUUUUAGGGAACUCAAUGAAUUGGGCGGAGAUUGCCUCGUACAAAUCGAUGAACUAAAAUCCAAGGGUUUGGAUAAUGUUGACGAGAAAUAUAAUUUGUUGGCCAAGAAGUUUACACGGCUCAAUGCCCGCUGGACGGAGGUCACCUCGUUGGUGUAUCAGAAAUGUGGUCUGCUGGAACAUAUUUCCACACAGCUGGGGGAAUUUAAGAAAUUUAUGGUCUCGGAGACAGGAUAUCUGGAUCGCUUGGAAAAUAAAAUGCGUUCCACGCCGGAGAAUGCCGAUGCCGAGGAGAUCAUUGAGGAAUUGGAUGACUUGGAAAACGUGCUACGCGGCCACUCCGACGACUGGCUGGAAAAGAUCCAAGAAAUUGGCCAGGAGUUAAUUUCCCAUGAAUUUAUGGCCGAAUCCAUUGGCCAAGAAAUCAAUGCCAUUGUGGAACGUUGGACCCAGCUACAGCAAAAGGCAAAGCAGCGGGCCGAAAUCCUGGAGCAGGAAGUUAACGAGGCCAAACAAUCGGAAAAAUGUGUCGAACAAUUCGAGGCCUGGCUCACCCGUGUCGAUGAGAUACUCAGCGAACAUUUGGAAAAUGAUGUUACCAUUGAAGAUUUACCCGAAGAUUUCCAACAAUUGGCCAUGGAAUUUGAGGAGAAUGAAAGGUGCUUCCAAGAAAUCGAUGAUCUCAUUGCGGAGCAUCAGCGUAAUGGGAAAAUUGAGGCAGCCAAUCGGCUACAGGAUCAAUUGAAUUUGCUAGAGAUGCGAUACAAAUCCUGUCAACUGAAACUCAACAAAUGUACCGCUCCCCAACCGGCCUUUGAAUCGAGGCUUAAUCGGGCCGUGGCCGAGUUGCGUAAUGUUGAAAGAUCCACUUUAGUUCUAGAUGUGGCCACAGCUGGACCCUCAACCGUGCAGGUGCAAUAUCAAAAAUGCCUACAAAUCUAUCGCACCCUGUCCGAAAUAAAAUCCGAAAUUGAAAGUACCAUAAAAACGGGACGCAAGGUUUGCGAGGAUAAAUUCACCAAAUCACCCAAGCAGCUGAGUCAACGUAUCGAUGCCCUCAAACAUCUCUACAAUGCCUUGGGUGAAAAUGUCACCCAAUCGAAGAUUUUCCUUGAAGGUUUAAUUAAGCUGGCCAAACAGCUGGAAGAAUGUUUCCAGGCAGCCGAAGAGCUGAAUCGUAAAUUUGAAAAUCCCCAGGAAAUGCAUGAUCGCAAUUCAGUCUUUUUGGAAUAUGAAAGUAUUCUCCAGAAAUGUGAAGAUAUCUAUGAAGAGUACAGUAAAUCAUGUGAUCCGGUGUGCCUGGAAGACACACGACAAAAAAUCGAUGAUCUAAAGGCUUCGUAUAUGAAGCUGACCAGUGCAGAUGUCAUCAAGCGUCUGACAGAAAUGAAAUCAACGCUACAGAAUUUGGAUAAUAUUUCGUUGGAUACUUUGAGGGCCAUGGAACAUGAUUUAAAGCAGAUUAAUGUGCCAUCCAAUCCGGAAAUUGAAAAAUUGCAACAGCAAGUAAUUGCAAUUGUAGUGGAUUUGCUAAAAACGCAUUACAAAAUUGAAUCCUCGUUGGAGCGGCGCCAAGGAGACAAGUCAUCAGCAGCAGGAGAAGAAGAAGAUACCGAAAUUGUUAUUGUCAGCGAUACGGUGAGGCAGAGAAGAGCCCGUACACCAUCAUCGAAUUCACCCACCAAGGAAGUCGGUGACACUUCCAGCUCCUCAAGUAAUACCUCGGGACAACAAUUAGCACAGGUGGGUUCUGCAAAAGAUCAGCAACAACAACAGCAACAAUCACCACAGUCUACACCAAACAGUGGCCAAGUCUUGCCAGAUUUAUUGCCACCACAAACGUUCCGCUUAGCUGAAUCAAGUGCUCUCUUCUCACAGAUCUCCAUGAAUACAGCAACAACAAGUAACGGAGCCGGUCCUGAUGAUGACAUACCCCCGCCCAAGCCACCAAACAAACGCAAGAUUGGUGAGUCCCAGGCUCAAAUGGUGGAAAUUAAAGUGAAAAAUAUUGGCUCAGAUAAAAUGUCGGUCCAGCUGGCCGGCAUGGAACCCCAACAGGGGGAGAUAAUUGAUACCGUCAACAUUUUGGAAUCGGUGGAACCAUUUGUACCCGAAUAUGUGGAAACAGUGCAAAUUGUUGAUCUCUCCGAAGAUUCGGACUCCUCCAUGCGCAUUGAUGUCGAUGGCAAAGAGGUGCGAAGAUCCAAAUCCAAGAGAUCUCUCAAUGAUUCCCCCAAACCCCUAGCCGAAGAGGAGGAGGAGAAUGACAAAAACAAUGAUGUGGAAUUGCGUCUGGGCCCAAGCCACACCAGUACUCCAAUUUUGAGAGUUGAAAAGCAACGUAUCUCUUUCGAAGAGAAACGUAAACGCAUCGAAACCGAACGUGAUAUUCUCCGCGACUCGGAGGAGGAAGGCGAUGCCAAGACGGGUGGUAUUUUCAAACAACCCAAAGCCAAACGUUGGCGUCAACUCCAAAUCGCCAUGGAAGAGCUGGACAAUAGCAUGGCCGAGCAGGAGGCAAGGAACAGCUUUUAUAAUCCCGACAAAGAUUUGAGUUUCGAAGUUGAGCCUUUGGUCUUUUCGGAUGACGAAGAUAUACCGAGAUUUUCAAUGGAAAUGACUCAACCUCUUGAUUCGGACAGUGAUACGAGCCGCAUUGAAACCCCCACCACCAAGAAGCCCAACUCUUUCGCCAGCAAAAUCUUGCCACAAUCACCAUCCAUGGAUGAUUCGAACAUUACCCUGAAAAGCCCCUAUUCUGAGGUACCAAUUCCCCAGUUUCCUGGUGGAUCUCUGGAGCAGAGAGUUAGUGAAUUCGAAAAGAAUGCAAAAUAUAUGAUGAUGCGUUUGGACAAAACCAAGGAGAAGAUCGAGAAGAACACCGAGGGGGAGAGAGCCGUCGAAGACUUGAAAAUGUUAAUAGCACCCGACGCCGCCACGUUAAUAUCACAGGGUGAUUCGCUGGUGCUGGAAACUCAUGGCAAACAGGGUUCUCUGUCGCGUGUGGUCAUGAAGAGUCAAAUUAUACUAAGAGAGAAAUUCCGCGAGGUUCAACAGUCAAAAUCAAAAGCCUGCCCCACGGCAACGGCCGCCGAUCCCGCUGCCAAUUCACCUUACUCAUCGUUGGACAAGAAGGUCAGCAUGAAAGGUGUCAAUCUGGAGGAGCUGAUUGUGAAAGGUCUAAAGCGUAUCAAUGAUUUAAUUGCCCGACCAGUCGAUCGUAAAUCAGCAGAUGAAUUGGAGAAACGUUUGUCGGAAAUUAAUGAUCGCCGUGACGAUUUGAAAUUGAUUGUCAAUGCCAUUGGAAAAAGUGAACAAAUGCCAAAAGUUAGUUCAGCCAUGAUGAAUGAUAUUGAAAAGACCAAAAACAAUCUUCAAACACAUGCCGAUACCAUAGAAAUGUCAUUAACAGAAUUGAAAUCGAAUAAAAAACUGAAUACAACCAAUGGCAGUCGGGAGUACAACGAGGAACCCAGCGGCACUGGAGCAUUGGCUGGUAGCUUUGACAAGUCCGUUCUACAAAUAUCCGAUUGGUUGACGUGGGAACAAAACAUGAUUAAAAUCCAAAGUGUGCCAGUCGAUGAUGUCGAUGCCGUUCGCAUGGCCAUAGAAAAGCAGGAGAAAGUUUUGCGUGAACUGAAAAUGAAAAAACCGCAACUUAAUGAGCUGGUCCAUACCGCGGAGAUAUUGAAAGGCGACACCAAACGUCAACAGUUGCAGGAGAAGGAAUUGAAACAAUUUUCGUUAGCACCGCAUUGUUCCGCCGAAUUGGAUUAUAUGCGUUGUUGUCUGAAAGUCACCCGUUUGCGUGAACAUUGGGAUGAAACGUCACAGUGCGUAUUGCAGCGUGCUGCCCAGCUGAAGACCAUGCUGAGUGAUUCCCAGAGAUACGAGGCCAAACGUCUGGAACUUGAAAAAUGGCUGCAACGCAUGGAAGCCCGUGCCGAACGUAUGGGCACUGUGGCUACCACUGCUGAUAUCCUAGAGGCCCAGCAAAAAGAGCAGAAGUCCUUCCACGCGGAACUGCAUCAAAACAAGCCGCAAUUCGAAAUAUUCAAUACAUUGACUCAAAAACUCAUCGCCGUCUAUCCUGCGGAUGAUACGACCAGAGUCAAGAAAAUGACUGAGGCCAUUAAUCAAAGAUAUGCCAACCUCAAUAAUGGUGUUAUCAAUCGCGGCAAGCAGUUGCAUGCCGCCGUCCAUAGCCUGCAAUCCUUCGACCGGGCCAUGGAUCAAUUUUUGGCAUUCCUGUCGGAAUCUGAAUCGUUGUGUGAAAGUGCCGAAGCUGAGAUUGAGAGAAAUCCAUUGAUGUUUAAGGAUUUACAAUCGGAAAUUGAAACACAUCGUGUGGUUUAUGAUCGUCUCGAUGGCACUGGACGCAAGUUGCUGGGUUCACUUACCUCACAAGAAGAUGCGGUUAUGCUCCAACGGCGUUUGGAUGAAAUGAAUCAACGUUGGAAUAAUUUGAAAUCGAAAAGUAUUGCCAUAAGAAACCGCCUAGAAAACAAUUCAGAACACUGGAAUGCUUUAUUACUGACCCUACGUGAACUCACCGAAUGGGUCAUACGCAAAGAUACUGAAUUGUCCACCCUGGGUAUGGGUCCAGUUCGUGGUGAUGCUGCCAGCCUACAAAAACAAUUGGACGAUCAUAAAGCUUUCCGUCGUCAAUUGGAGGAUAAACGUCCAAUUGUCGAAAGUACUCUGCUGAGUGGCCGUCAAUAUAUUGCCAGUGAACCACCUGUAUCGGAUACCAGUGAUACCGAAGCAGCCCAUGAUUCGGAUUCCCGUUAUUUAACUGCCGAAGAACAAAGCCGUGAAUUGACACGCAGCAUUCGACGUGAAGUUGCUAAACUCUCUGAGCAAUGGAAUAAUCUCAUCGAUAAAUCUGACAAUUGGAAACAUCGUUUAGAUGAAUACAUGACGGAUUUUUUGGGGGAGACUCUAGAAUCGUAUCAUGGCAAUCAUAUGUGGAUAUGGUUGCGCAUGAGUGAUAUUGAUACCAAGAAAAUGCGUCAAUUCCAAAAAGUCUUGGAAGACUUAAGUUCCCGCAUCGCUUCCGCCGAGGCGACCAAAAAUGCCUGGGUUGUACCGGCCACCAGUGCCGAGGCCAGCGAACAAUUGCAACAUUUACAACGAUUACGUGAUAAGAUGACAACUGCCGGUGCCCUGCUCGAUGACUGCAAUGAACAGCAAUCGUUCUUUACAGCCAAUCAAGUGAUGGUGCCAGCAAAUUGUCUCUCGAAAUUGGAAGAUUUGAAUACAAGAAUGAAAUUGCUACACAUUGCCAUGGACGAACGCCAGAAGGUUCUGUUGAAUGCUGGUGGUAAUCAAAAUAUGGAAAAUGGUGAAGAUGGUCGUUUGACAUCGAACAGUGGCACAAUUGGACCAAUACCAAAUCUGGGACAGAGUGUUAACCCGCCAUGGGAGAGAGCAACCACAGCUUCCAAUGUGCCUUAUUACAUCGAUCACGAACGUGAAACCACCCACUGGGAUCAUCCCGACAUGAUCGAGCUGAUGAAGAGUUUAGCCGAUCUAAAUGAAAUCCGUUUCUCAGCCUAUCGCACAGCCAUGAAGUUACGGUCGGUACAAAAAUCUCUAGCUUUGGAUCGCAUACCCAUGGCAGCGGCCAUUGAAUCGUUCGAUCGCCACGGUCUAAGGGCACAAAAUGAUAAAUUAAUCGAUAUACCCGAUAUGACAACGGUGCUGCAUUCGUUGUACGUGACGCUGGAUAAGAUCGAUUUAACCAAAUUAUUGGAUUUGGCCAUCAAUUGGAUAUUGAAUGUUUACGAUUCGCAGCGUACCGGACAGAUAAGAGUAUUAAGUUUUAAGGUGGGCUUGGUGCUAUUGUGUCGUGGCCAUUUGGAGGAGAAAUAUCGUUAUCUAUUCCGUUUAAUUGCCGAUCCUGAACGUAAAAUUGAUCAACGUAAAUUGGGCUUGCUAUUGCACGAUUGUAUUCAGGUACCUCGCCAAUUGGGAGAAGUAGCUGCUUUUGGUGGCUCAAAUAUUGAGCCAUCGGUGCGUUCCUGCUUAGAGAGAGCUGGUAUUUCUCAAGAAGCAAUUGAUUCCAAUCAAGAACUUUCGAUUGAAUUACAUCACUUCCUGGCUUGGUUACAGCACGAACCACAAAGUUUAGUUUGGCUACCGGUAUUGCAUCGUUUGGCAGCUGCUGAAAGUGCUAAACAUCAGGCCAAAUGUAACAUAUGCAAAGAGUAUCCAAUUGUUGGCUUCCGUUAUCGUUGCCUUAAGUGCUUCAAUUUUGACAUGUGCCAAAAGUGUUUCUUCUUUGGACGUAAUGCCAAAAAUCAUAAACUAAGUCAUCCCAUGCAUGAAUACUGUACAACGACCACAUCCACAGAAGAUGUACGAGAUUUCACCCGAGCCUUGAAGAACAAAUUCAAGUCACGCAAAUAUUUCAAGAAACAUCCCAGGGUGGGUUAUUUGCCGGUGCAAAGUGUAUUGGAGGGUGAUGCCCUGGAGAGUCCAGCUCCGAGUCCCCAGCAUACCACCCAUACGCUACAAAAUGAUAUGCACUCAAGACUGGAAAUGUAUGCCACACGUUUGGCCCAGGUGGAAUAUGGUGGUGGCACUGGGUCCAAUUCCACACCCGAUAGUGAUGAUGAACAUCAGCUGAUUGCUCAAUAUUGUAUGGCAUUGCCAACAAAUAAUGGUGCUGCUCCCAAGUCUCCGGUACAAGUUAUGGCCGCCAUGGAUGCUGAACAGAGAGAAGAAUUGGAGGCCAUAAUCCGGGAUUUGGAGGAAGAGAAUUCCAAUCUACAGGCCGAGUAUCAACAGCUGAUGACCAAACAGCAAAGUACCACACCCGAUGAUGCAACCGGCAUGCAACAUUCCAAUUCAUCGGUGGGUGGUUUGGCGGCAAGUGGCAAUGCCCAGGGAGAACAUGGACAGGACAUGAUGGCCGAAGCCAAGCUACUGCGUCAACACAAAGGCCGUCUGGAGGCCCGCAUGCAAAUCCUUGAGGAUCACAAUCGCCAGCUUGAGGCCCAGCUACAACGUUUGCGCCAACUGCUCGAUGAACCCAACAAUGGUGGCACCGUUAGCACACCCGGCUCGGCCUUGAAUUCCAAACCGAAUACCUUGCAAACACGUUCGGUAACCGCUUCACAAUUGAAUACCGACUCACCGGCCAAGAUGAAUCAACAAAAUGGCCAUUAUGACCAGAACACAAAGGCCAUAGGUAAAGCUGUUGAAGAAUUGGUAACGGUCAUUACCGAACAAGAAAUUGAACAAACUUUGGAAGAAGAUUUGGAGCAGGCUGAUGCUGAGCAAAGCAACAAUAACAACGAUUAUGAUGAUGAGAACACAACUACGACGACGAUCACAACAAUUACCGAGGAUGCCAGCGAGACCACUAUUACAUCAACCACAACAACAACAACAAAUAGCAAUUUAAGCCAAUUGACAAAGACGACGACGACGCCCAAGGCUGCAUCAACGCCAUAUGCGUAUAAAAAUUAGACAAAACAGAGGACUUCCUGUUCGAACCAAAAAAAACGGAUUCCAGAAAAAGUCCAUGCAAAUUCCGAUUAGAAGAACACCGAUUAGAAAAUUAAAUUAAAAAAAAUGAACGAAAACGAAAUCAUAAAGAAAUAAUAUACUUAAAAAAAUACAUAUUAAAAAUACAAAUUGUCAUACAAAAAUUAAAAACAAACAAAUAAAGUACUGUGUAUUGUAUUUUGUUUAAAAUUAAUAUAUAAAAAAUAAUAAACUAAAUAAUCAAACAUAAUCAUGAAAAAAAACAACAAAAUCCAAAAUGGAAACAAAUGUGUAAUAUUUAAAAAUAGAAGAAACAACAAACGAUUUAAGCUAAAAAAUAAUAACACAAAUUAUUAAAAAUAUUCUACAACAAGAAAAAAUUACAAAAAAAAAAUAUUAUUUUUAAAUUAUGAAAAUAAAUUAUAAUUUUAUUAAUUAUAAUUUACAUUAUUUUUAUUUUUUUUGCAAUAUUUAUAAAAUAAGCAAUGGAAAGCCAAUACAAAAAAAUUAAAAAUAUAAUAAUUAUAUAAAAUACGAAAAAAUAAAUAAAAUAAUAAUUAUAAUAAGAAAAACACACACACAAAUAUACAACAAAUCAAAAAAUACCACAACUUUACAUAUUAUGUUUACAAAAACAACAACAACAACCACAACAAAAAAUACCAUUAUUACGAAACUUAAAAUAAGAAUUGAAUUCUUGUGUUUUAGUUUGUUAAGUUUUUGAAAAAAAAUAUACAUAAAUAUUUACUUUAAUGUCAUAUAAACUUUAAAUUUAAAAUAUUUUCUCUUUUAUUUCGUUUGCAGCUUGUUUCUUAUUAAGUUUUAAUUUUUUUCGCUAUAUUAUUUUUUGUAAAUCUUUAUAAACAAAAAUAUAUUAUUAUAAAAAAAAUAUUAUAAUCAACAAUUGAAAUUGUAUAUUUUUAUUUUGAGUCUUCUUAAAGAAAACACAACCACAAAAAUCCAUUUAAUUAUGCCUUUUCUUUGCUUAAGUUUUAAAUAAAUAUUAUUUUAAUUUUUAUCAAAAGAAAAUAAAAUUAUGAGUUUUUAUUUUGAAUUUUGUUCGAAUUUAAUUUAUGAAUCAGAAUUAUAGUAGGGACGUGGAAAAAUUAUUUUUUUAAUACAAAAUUUGAAAAUCUAGAUAUGAUGAAAACAGGGUUUCAGCUUAGUUCUGAAAUAGCCAAAUUUUAUUUCAAAAUUUAAAAAUGGAUACAAUUUUCUCUCAUGAAACAUUUUAAGCUUCAAAAAUGUUAAUUUUCUGGAGUAAAAUUUUAAAGAAUACAAACUUGUGGCUAGUUCGUCAUGUAAGAGUAAUUCUCCAAAUUUCAUGUUCUCCAAAAAAAUUAAACCAAAAGGAAACUAUAUAAUAUACUCAAAAGAAAUAUAUUCAUUUAUCCUGCACAGGGUAAAAAAAAAACAGUAACAAAGUCAAACGCCAUAAUUUUUAAAUUUUUUUUAAUUUUUUAUUGAAUGAAAGCAACAACAUUCGGAUAUAUCAUCAAAUUUUAGAAUAAGUUUAGAUUUGUUCGAAUUGGUCACCUUUGACACGAAUUAUGUCCUUCAAACGGCCAAUGAAACCAUCAUACGCUGCCCGAAUGUUGCUCUGCGGUAUUUUAUCCCAUUCCCGGGAUGAGGUGAUCGACACUUUGGUAUUUUUUAGUGCCAACCUUGCUUUUCAAAAUACUCCAGACACAAUAGUCCAAAGGAUUGGUAUCCGGAGAUUUUGGUAGCCAUUGUGCGCUGGAAAUGAAGCGAGGAAACUCAUUUUGUAACCAUUAUUGAAUGUUGCGUGCUGAGUUCGAUGGUGUUGAGUCUUGUUGGAAUGUCCAAAAUGUUUGCGUGCCCAAGGCUUUAAUACACCCUCCAGAAUAAUUUCGCGGUAAUAUUCGGCAUUCAUUCUGAUGCCACGGUCUAUUAAUACGAGCGGAGAGCGACCAUCGCCUGUUAUGGUUGCCCACACCAUCACCAUGGCUGGGGCUUGAGUUCUAGUGGCCAACCGAAGGUGCACAUUUUCAGCUAAUCUCUUUGGCAAGUAAACACGACCAUUUUCACCUCAGACACCAAAUUUCAAAUUUCAGCUCUUAUUUCCCCCAUUACCAAAUUUGGUACCCUUAAGUACAAAUAUAGUACGCAUUUGCAAAAUCAGUUCCUUCUCUCAACCACAGACACCAACAGUGACAUCCAUAUCAAAUUUCAGAAUUUCUGCUAUAUUUCAUCACCCAAUUCCAAAUUUAGUACCACUCUCAAUUCCCAAUUUAGUACUUUUUGUACCAUUAUAGCACACAUUUCCACAACCUCUUCCAUAUAUUAACCUUAGACAACAACAUUGAUCUUAAUAUCAAAUUUCAGGAUUUGAGGCCUAUACUUUCCCCCAUUACCAAAUUAAGUACCAAUUAGUACAAUUGUAGUAGGCAUUUUGAAAACCAGUUCCUUCUGUCACCCACGUACACCAAUAGUGACAUUCAUAUCCAAAUUUAACUCGAUACCAAAUUUAGUACCAUUAUGUACUUUUCGUACAAAUAUAGGACACAUUUUCAAAACAAUCUCCAUAUCUUAACUUCCAGAUUUCAACAGAUGCCUCAAUAUCGAAUUUCAUGAUUUCUGCUCUAUUCCUUCCCCCAACACCAAAUUUAGUCCUAUUUAGCACUGUUCUUACAAUGCAAAGGAGGGUAUUUCCUUUUCAUCAUAAAUAGGUUAGAUAAAAAUAAUAUUUUUUUUUUUUAUUUUUAAUUUUUUUCUCAUAUUAUGCUUUAUUUACUUAUUAUUUUCACAAAACAACACUUCUUCAUCUCUUCUCUCUUAAUCGAAACAUCAUCUCCCAACUCACUCAUAUAAAAUCACCUACUCUCUCUCUCCCCACAAAAAAAACAAAACAUGUGAACUCAAAUCAAUACGCUGACGAAUACGAUCAUUAAAUGGACCACCUUUUUCUACUAUAAAUUUGAAAAGAAAAAAAAAAGAAAA